UGUGCGAUAAAUGCACAUGAUGAGGUACAUUAUGGGCACAACAAUAACUUAGAUAUAACGCAGUACCAUUCUAAAAUUUGGAAAAAUGAUAUCUAACAGCCAGAAGGGGAAAGGAUCAAAGAACAAAGAAAAUGGAAAGAAAGAGCGAAAAAUUCAGUUUGUUGAAGAAAUUUUGAUGGACAAGGACGACGGUGAUGAUAAAGGUGCAGUUAAGCCAGGAUGGUACGAAGAAUUGAGUGAUGACCAGAUAAGAAUGUUUAAGGAGGUGUUUGAUCUCUUGGACUCAGAUCGAGGAGGAAGCUUAGAUAGUAGGGAACUCUUCAAGUUGAUGAGGGAACUGGACGUAGAAUUAUCUGAGGAAGAAAUCAGCAGUGUUCUUAAAGAACUAGACAAUGAUGGCAGUGGUGAGAUUGACUUUGAUGAAUUUCUGUACCAUAUGACUGCCACAGACCGCUAUUUGGAUAUGCUGGCUGAAGAUCCUGAUAGAGCAAGGUUACAGAAAAGAGAAAAAUAUAGCAAACGUCAAAGUUUGUUUUUUUCUGCCAUCACAAAAUUUGCGCUGAAGAACUCAGUUGGAGAGAUAACACGUUAUUACGCUCAGAAAGCCAGGCAAGUACCACAUGUUAUCAGUCAUUACACAGCCGGUGCCAGAGUAAUUGGGCUGACGGACAGGCAGUUAGCACGGCAUUUAAAAGACAUGCAAGCCAUUGCAAAGGACCAAGAUUCACCCUAUGCCAAACCUUUGUUAUUCGUUGUCCCAGCUGGAUCCUCUGCAAAGAAGCAUAGUCCUGACAUAGCUAAAAAGAAGCGAGAUAAAAUUCUUGAAGAUGAAGACAAAGAUGGGAAACAUUUUAAGAAGGCUAAACUUAAGCUUACUUUUGCAACUGAGCAGAUAGGAUCCAAGGGUGCCAUGCGUGCAAGGAGGACAGCUAUUUACGCAGAUAACGCGGAUUUGACGGCAGUCCGUACCAUGGCAGAGAAGGGAAGUGUAGUUUGUAUGCUGCCUGAGGUACAUCUUUUACCACAGCUGAGCAGGCUUGCCAGUGCAGCAAAUGGUGUUGAUUUCCCUAUUAGAAGUAGUACACGUAAACGUGAUAAUCGUCGCCCAUCCAUACCACCU